AUGAACUUCAAUUUCAAAUCCCAGCCCAACCCAUUGAUUGGCUGUGAUACUUCUUACACGACCAGAAAUACAAAUUGUUUUCUAGUCAGACACACUCCCCAUCCUCGAAGAGUCUGUCAUAUUAAAGGUUUAAACAACAUACCUAUCUGUGCCGUGAAUGAUGAGAACUUCCUUAAGGCAUUGUAUAAUGUUAGCCACUUGACCACCCCAGAUAAGGAUGUGCCUCCACUUAGCAAAGUCAUCAGUGCCAAUAACAACAACUCUUUCCAUAAUCCAGGGUCAAACAAAAUGAAAAUGCCCCCUCGGCCUAAUUCUGAGCCCUGUAAACAAACAAAAGGUUUUUUUGAUGAUCCCUGUGAAGGUGUUUUAAAGAUUAAAAAGGAAGCACUUCUGGGCAGAAGUCACAUUUCACACCCAAGGGCAAACCAAGGUCCUACGGUCUCUGAACACAUUAAUCCCAAGAGUGAAGUGAGAGGCAAGACAAUUUGCAUACCAAACUAUCUGGAUCAGGAAAUAAAAAUUCUGUCCAAGCUCUGUGAAAUUCUACAAACAGACUCCCUGGCAGAACUCCUCAAGUGGCUACUCCAUGCAAAUGUGAAAGAAAAAGAAUGGGUAUCAGCUUUGAUCCAUUCAGAGCUCUCUGAGGUCAACUUGUUGAAAAAUUGGGAGCACGUUCCCCAAAAGAAAACUGGAAAAGAGAAAGGAAAAUCAUCAGUCAAAGCUGGCAUAACUCCUCUAGCAAAGAGCAAGACUCUAGCCCUGGACAAGGAAGAGGUGCCUAAAGUCAACAGAGUUCCAAGCCAAAAACCGGAAAAAAAUAAAGUACCAAGACAAGAGGCUGAGGAUAAGUCUGGAUUGAUUAAAGAAAGAAGCAAGCUUGAAGAUGCCAUUGAAGAAUAUUUCAGCAAAACAAAGCCUCCUGCCAAGAAUCUGAAUCUCUGGGACAGAAAUUACUGCCCCAGCAGCAAAAGCAACAGUGGCAAGAAAUCAACAGCCUAUAUUCCCAAAGACCCACUAAUUCCAACCGUUUAA